AUGGCUAAACAGGUACUUGACACGGACACCUUACUUGAAUACACAAAUUCUGCAUUAAGUUAUUAUGCAAGUCGCUUAGGUGUAGCUGAGGACUACGCGGUUUCAUCAGAUCCUGGUAAAGAGCUCUCUACUUCCAUCUUCUACGAUGUGGUACAAGCAUUGGUGGCUCUAUGGACAUGCGUGUUCUCACUUCUUUACUCUUAUGCAUGGCGUCAGCAUAGAAAGAAGUUUAUCAUGAGUAUUGUGAGUGACUGA